AUGCCUUUAUUACAAACAAUUCCGACUGUCCUUUCAACAAGUGUUAAUCGUAUAAUUAAAGGCAGACCUCGUCCAUCUUGGAAUUAUAAAUUUCAUAUUGGUUUUAACUUAUUUAAAUCCAUGCUAACUGCAACAUUUGAUAGACCAAUCGAAGAAGUUCAAAUAAUAAGUAACUCAACUAAACUUUCUCCACCAUCUGGUAUUUCUGUAAAAGAAAAUAUAGAAUUAUCUGAUAAUUGUCGCGCAAUUGCUCAACUUCUUCUUGAAAAAUUAUUGGCAAAAUAUGAUGAUGUUUUGGAUCCAAAAUGGAAAGAUACAAAUGGUCAAGAAUUAACCGGUGAAUGGGUUUAUUUUAAUAACAUUCCAAAAAAACAUCCCAUUGUUUUAUUUUUACAUGGUGGUUAUUUUUGCAUGGGUGGAACUAAAAUGAUUAGAUCUCUCGCAAUUGAAAUUGCAAAAAUAUGUAAAGCUGAAGUUUUUGGUGUUGAUUAUCGAUUAUCACCACAACAUCAAUUUCCUGCUGCUCUUUGUGAUGCUAUCGCUGCAUACUUGUAUUUAAUAAAUCCUGGAGAAGAUGCAGGAUUUGACCCCAUUGAUCCUAAAAGAAUAGUUAUUAUGGGAGAGAGUGCAG